AUGGCGAGGCUUCAGGCAGCCAGUGUUUCAACCCGCACGGUAAGACGGCCGCGCAAAAGAAAGGCCCCGGAUGGAAGCGCGCCUGAAGAAGCGCAACUGCAUGAGAGUGUCGAAACCGCGGCGGACGCCGCCCCCGCAACCACCUCCGCAACCACAUCCGUUCCAACCAAGACGCACGAUGGCGGGAAGAAGCCUCGACGCACCAAGAAGUCGGGCGCUGGCUCUUCCAACCCCACCCUGCGCAAAAAACCCUCCUCCGGCUUUGUCGAGUCCUCGAUAGCAUGGCCUGAUCAUUUUACGAAGCUCCAACAGGUUUAUCGCGCGCUGACUCUAGUCUACACCUUCUGUUGCACCCGCAAGCAUUUCGCCACCACUCUGGAGAACCUCAAGGCCACCGUCGAGGGCCAUAUUAAGCGGGAACUGCUGAUUGAUGACGUUGCUCAACUCAAGGCUCUUAUGCCAUCCGUCAUCAACUUCCUUUACGUCGACGAAGCCAUGCUUGAGAUCAAUCUGAUGGGCGCAGAGGAUAAUAUGGCUGGCAGGCGAGCCAAUGAAUUCCAUCUCGCCGACCUCGAAGACCGGAGAAAAGCAGGGAACCAAAAGAGUGAGGUCCUGCUUUUUGAGUUCCUCGACGGAGAUCUCAAGCGACAGGUGCAGCACAAGCAGACCGGAGAGCCGACCAGGGUCUCUCAGCCACUGCGUAGAGAGGACCUGAAGAUGCCUGUUUACAGCCAAAAGCAAAUGUUGAAUUUGAUCGAGAAGCGUAAUGCAAAAUUCACCUCCGCCGUCAAUCAAUGGCUCAACGACUGCGCCGAGUUGGAGCAAGACCCAGUGCAGAAACUCUUGGAUGAGUAUCUCGUCUACAUUCCGACCCCGUCCGAGAGCAGAGCAUCCACUCCAGGACUAAGCGGCCGGACAAGCAACCUGCCUUCUUCAAUCCCUACGGAACGAGCGUCUAUCCCGGAGAUUGUAGAAGAGAUCAAAAGGCUAGAGUGGUACACGAGCCAGAUCGUUCCGGAUGGCCACAGAGUGUUCGAUCCACAAGAAGCUAUAUACGGCGACCUGAACUUCCAGCUCUCGCAGAACCUUGUUAAUGCUCUGUAUAACACGCGCGGUAUCGAGCGGCUCUAUGCUCACCAAGCCGAGGCCAUCAAUAAUUUGUAUCAUGGCCACAACGUCAUCGUAUCAACCUCGACCAGUUCAGGCAAAUCCUUGAUUUACCAGAUCCCAGUACUUCACGAGUUGGAAAAGGACCACCACACAAGAGCAAUGUACAUCUUUCCGACCAAGGCUUUAGCCCAGGACCAACGGCGGAGCUUGAAAGAGCUUCUGCGCUUCAUGGACGGCCUGCAGGACGUCGUCGUUGAAACUUUUGAUGGAGACACUCCUUUCACCUCCCGCAGCUACAUCCGUGAUGAGGCGCGCAUCAUCUUCACCAAUCCGGACAUGCUUCACAUCACCAUCCUUCCGCAGGAGGAGAAGUGGAGGACUUUUCUCCAGAACCUCAAAUAUGUCGUGGUCGACGAGCUGCAUGUUUAUAACGGUCUCUUCGGAUCCCACGUCUCCUUCAUCAUGAGAAGACUACGGAGAAUAUGUGCAGCACUCGGUAACCACCACGUUAAAUUUAUCUCCUGCUCUGCUACCGUGUCAAAUCCUGAGGAGCACAUGAAGACCAUCUUUGGUGUCGAAGAAGUAAAGCUUACCGACUUCGACGGCUCACCCUCGGGAAGGAAAGAGUUCAUCUGCUGGAACACGCCCUACAAGGACCCGGGAGACCCUUCAUCCGGGAGAGGUGACACCAUGGCUGAGGCUGCGAAGCUGUUUUGCCAACUCAUUCUGAGGGGUGUGAGAGUAAUUGCUUUCUGUCGCGUCCGAAAACAAUGUGAAGGUCUGAUCAGUGCUGUCAAGACCGAGCUUAACACCCUCGAGAGGCCAGAGGUCAUGAACAGGGUCAUGGCAUAUCGCGGCGGCUAUACUCCGCAAGACCGGAGACAGAUCGAGAAAGAAAUGUUCGACGGCAAACUCGUCGGUAUUGUCGCCACCAGCGCCCUGGAAUUGGGCGUAGACAUCGGUUCACUCGAUGCGGUCGUCACUGUCGGUUUCCCAUACACAAUCGCCAACCUGAGGCAACAAAGCGGUCGCGCCGGCCGCCGCAACAAGGAUUCGCUGUCCGUCCUCGUGGGAGACUGCUUCCCCACCGACCAGCACUACAUGCAAAACCCAGACGAGAUCUUCACAAAGCCCAACGCGGAACUCCAAGUGGAUCUGGAAAACAUGCUUUGCCUGGAAGGCCACGUCCAAUGCGCAGCGCACGAGAUGCCCAUCCGUCCCGAAGAAGACAUCAAAUACUUUAGCCACCUGCUCCCCAGCAUCGCCACCGAGCGCAUGCGCAAAGAUGACCUCGGCUUCUUUCACUGCAACGAGCGCUUCCUCCCCCGUCCCUCGGCCCACGUCGCGAUCCGCGACACGGAAGAAGAGCACUUCGCCAUCAUCGACACGACCAACAACGCCAACACAGUCCUAGAAGAGCUCGAGGCGUCGCGCGCCUUCUUCACCAUCUACGAAGGCGGCAUCUUCCUGCACCAAGGGCACAGCUACCUCGUCAAGGAGUUCUCGCAGGACGCCAUGCUCGCCAAGGUCGAGCGCGUGCGCGUCGACUGGACGACGCAGCAGCGCGACUACACCGACGUCGACCCCAUCGAGACGCACGCCAUCCGGCGCAUCCCGGGCUCGCGCUCGCGCGCCUUCCGCGGGCCCAUCCGCAUCACGCAGGUCGUCUUCGGCUUCUUCAAGCUCGACCGCCGCCGCCGCAUCCUCGACGCCGUGGCCGUCGACAACCCGCCCAUCGUGCUGCGCAGCGCCGGCAUGUGGCUCGACGUGCCCCGCCGCGCCCUCGACAUCCUCAAGCGGCGCCGCCUGCACGUCGGCGCCGCCAUCCACGCCGCCGAGCACGCCGUCAUGAGCCUCAUGCCCAACUUCGUCGUCAGCCUGCCCGGCGACGUCCGCACCGAGUGCAAGAACGCGCUCAAGGAGUUUGCCAGCCGCGAGACGAGCCGCAAGCGCCCCGCGCGGCUGACGUUUUACGACGCCAAGGGCGGCGCUGGCGGGUGCGGCAUCGCGGCCAAGGCGUUUGAGUUUGUCGAUCUGUUGCUCCGGCAGGCGUGCGAGAGGGUGGCCGGGUGCCAUUGCGAAGAGGGGUGCUUGGAGUGCUGUUGCGACGAGCGGUGCAAGGAGGCGAAUGUGGUGAUAGGCAAGGCUGGCGCCGAGGUCAUAUUGAAGAGCUUGCUGGACUGGGAGAUUGAUGUGGAGAGUUUGCCCAUGGGGCCUGAGGAGGGGAGGGAGGUGGGCGUUGAGACGGUCGUGCAGGCGACGGAGGUGCGGCCUGCGAGGGGGAGGAGGGUGGAGGUUGUGGAGGUGAAGAGGGAGGAUGGUGGGGGGAUUGAUAGGGUGGUUGUGGGGGAGGUUGGCCAGGACGAUGACCAGGAUGACGAUGAUGGUGAUGGAGAUGGGGGAAGGCCGGCGGGUGGGGUUGAGCUGGGUGAGGAUGAUGUUGUGGUGAAGGUCGAAGACGAUGAGGGAUGA